AGCAAGAGGGGAGUGAGAGCGGCUGGGAGCAUUCUUCAAGAUUUUCGACAUUUCAUUCUUAGAGGCGGAGUGAUCGAUGUGUGCAUCGGCUUCAUAAUAGGCGGCGCGUUUACAACUAUCAUGACUAGCUUCACGCAAGACAUUAUUGGCCCCGUUGUUGGCCUUGCGUUAGGUUCAAACCUGCAGAAUGCGUUUGUGAUGCUAAGAUAUCCCGACUGCGCCGGGCAGAAUGGAACCGACUGCUCGUCGCUGAAAACACCAUCUCAAGUCUAUGCCGCCGGCGGUGUUACUUGGAACUACGGAAACUUUUUCCAAACGCUUUUCAACUUCUUGCUUACGGCGUGGAUACUGUUUUUUAUGGUCAAGGUCUAUUCGGCGGCCAGUAAACAGUUUACCGAUCAUAAGUCCAAAAAGGAUCUCGAAAGGCUUUGUCCUUACUGUUUAAAAAAGGUGCCACUUCUAGCGACACGAUGUUACCAGUGCACCUCCGAUUUG